AUGGAAAGCUGCAGCAGCAAUGCCUCCACCAAAGUCUUCUUCUUGGUGGGGUUUCCAGCUCUCCGGGGUUCCCAGCCCCUGCUCUUCAUUGUGUUCCUGCUGUUCUACCUGCUGAUCCUGGCUGGUAACGCCGUUAUCAUCACCGUGGUUGUGAUAGACCACACGCUCCACAAACCCAUGUAUUUCCUGCUCCACCUCUCUGUGUUAGACGUGCUGCUCACCACCACCAUCAUGCCCAAAAUGCUGCUGAUCUUCCUGGCCAACGCUAAAACCAUCUAUUUCCAAGGCUGCUUUCACUCCCUGAUGGUAACCGAGGCACUUCUCCUCGUGGUCAUGGCUUAUGACCGCUAUGAAGCCAUCUGCAACCCCCUCUAUUACCCAACCAAGGUGACCAGCAGAAUGAACAUCCAACUGGCAGCAAGUGCCUGGAUCACUGCGCUGCUCAUCCCCGUGCCCGUCAUCACACAGACAUCUCAACUAGCCUAUGGACACACAGCCAGGGUCCACCACUGCUUCUGUGACCACCUGGCAGUGGUACACGAUGCAUGCUUGGACUCCAGUGCCAACUUCCAGACCUUCUUGGGGCUCUCCAUCGCUAUGACGGUGUCAAUUGUCCCUCUGUUGCUUGUCACCAUCUCAUACGCCCACAUCAUCCUCUCUGUACUGAGGAUCAACUCCAAAGCAGGACGCAUGAAAGCCUUUUCAACGUGUACUUCCCAUCUGCUCGUGGUAGACUACUCCUCCAUCACCAUGGCAUACGUGUCCUACAGAGCAGACAUCCCUAAUGAUGUCCACAUAAUCAGCAACGUUGUCUUCUCUAUUUUGACUCCCUUGCUAAACCCCAUCAUUUACACUUUAUGCAACAAGGAGGUAAAAACUGCUGUUAAAAAGUCCAUUUUCCAGAAAACCUCUUCCCUUUCUAUAAAGUUCUAUUUAUUUGGGUAAAAUAAAUGUGUGGUAGUGUGGAAUCCUCAUGCUAUUU